AUGUCGGCCGCCGUGGCUUGCCUGGACUACUUCGCUGCCGAGUGCCUGGUGUCUAUGUCCACCCGCGCCGUGCUGCACCAGCGCGCAACGGACCCCGAAGGCGCGAGCGCUGCGGCUGUCUCCGAGGUGGGUGACGCGUCUCGGGAGUCGGCGGGGAAGGGUUCUGGGUCUCGGGGGGUGCUGUGGAUACCCCCGGUCCUCCAGGUUCCCGCUCCGAGCCCCGGAGAAGGGGAUGGCGCGCCCCACCUGCUGGCUGCGAGCGCUUUGGCCGAUUUAAGCUGUGGUGCCCGGGAAGGCUCCAGGGAGGACUCCGAAGACGCUCCGUGUGCCUCAACUAGCUGCUUCGAGCCCACCUGGUGCUCCAGCCCUACUGGGAGCUCUGAGCCUACCCAGGCCUUCUUUGAGGAUGCCCUCUCUGACGCCGAGAGUUCCUGCAGCGAUUCUGCUAUCCUGGACGCGUCUGAGGCCCCAGAAGAGCCAGAUGACGACGGAGAAGUGCCCGAGGGGCCCCCAGGGGCCCGCCCCGCGCCAGCUACGGGUUCGACGUACCGAAGAAGGCAAAUUACACCUGCAUCCAAGCGACAUCAGUGCUCCUUCCAUGGCUGCAACAAGGCCUAUUACAAGUCUUCACACCUCAAGUCACACCAGCGCACCCACACAGGGGAACGCCCCUUCUCCUGUGAUUGGCUCGACUGCGACAAGAAGUUUACGCGUUCUGACGAGCUGGCCCGCCACUACAGGACCCACACCGGUGAAAAGCGCUUCUCCUGCCCGCUGUGCCCCAAGCAGUUCUCCCGGAGCGACCACCUGACCAAGCAUGCCCGUCGCCACCCAACUUACCAUCCCGACAUGAUCGAGUACCGGGGACGUCGUCGCACUCCCCGCCCCGAGCCACCACCCCCAGCCAUGGUGGAAAGUUCUGGUUCCGACUCCAGCUCCUCUUCUGGUCAGGAGACCAGCUUCACUGCUUGCCAGUAG